AUGGAACAGAAAGAGGUUUCUCCUCUACGGUAUUACAUUUUAAAUACCUCUUUUCACGGAUUUCGGUUUAUAGCUGAGGAAGAUAGACACUGGACAGAAAGAGUAUUCUGGAUUAUUUGCUGUACUAUAAGUUGGGUGGCUACCGGUAUGUUAAUACAUUCAGCAUGGAAUGACUUCCAAAACAAUUCAAUAAGUUUCGUAGUUGAAACCAGCUAUUUGGAAUGGGAUACCAAUUUCCCUUCGAUUGCAAUCUGUGAGACGGACAACCAAAAGAAUAUUGCCGAAGUCACAGACAAGGUAUUUGGAGACCCCCACGACUACAACAUGGAUGAGAUUGUCAAGGAACAAGUAUAUUUUAGGGGAGUGUCCUUCUACACCCUACAGCUGUGUGGGCCGGAAGAAAAAUCUGCCAGCGACGACUGUUUCCUGAAGAACUUUAGUUACUUUUCUGAUAAGGUAAGAAGCAACUGUUCCCAAAUUUUGAAAACCUGCAAAUGGAACAAUAAAGAAUUCGACUGUUGUACCUAUUUCCAUCACAUCGAUACUGAAAUGGGAAGAUGUUACGGAAUCAACUCCAUGCAAUCCAGGGAAAAGUCCAGACCUUUCUUCAAAAUGGUCUCAAAUAAAAAUACAGGACCUGGUACAUUGCAUCUGGAAAUAUAUGGAUACGCCAAUUUAUAUAUUUUAGGAGAACAAGAAGUACCGUCAAUGACGACGCUGGCAAGCGAAGUAUUGCAAAUUUUACCACACAUCCAAUACCACAGAUAUUUCGGUAUAAAAGAAAUCGAAAACCAACCGGAUGUAAAAUACGUGGGUAUAGAACAGAGAAAGUGCCGUUUUAUUCAAGAAUCUGACUUGGAUGUGUACAGGUACUACAGCCACAGUGCUUGCUGUGUACAGUGUAGGAAAAACGCCCAAAUACAAAAAUGUGGGUGUGCACAUUAUCUCAUGCCCAAUACAAGACCUGAUCAGCAGUGCAAUAUCACCGGCCUGGAUUGCUUGAGCAUCAACUACAACGAUUUAGCAGUACUAAAACCGUCUUGGGCAAAUCGACCAGGUCUUUACUGCGAUUGCUUACCCAGUUGUACAGAAAUCGAGCUGUCUAUCGUCAGAGACUUCAAGAAAGGGAUAGCUGAAGAGUACGCUAUUGUAAAACUGUCUUUGGAACAUCUGCCGACGGAACGAUUCAAGAGAAAUGUCGUUAGAGGAAAAUUGGAUUUGGUCGUGUCAAUGGGAGGAGCUACAGCUCUGUUCUUGGGAGCAAGUAUCUUAAGCUUCGUCGAAAUAAUUUACUAUUUUCCUGUACGACUUCUCACGGAUAUCUCGAGAAAAAGAGGGAAAGACAGAAAGAAAACUAAAAGUGAAGUGGAAUCAAAUAACGAUUAUCUUCCCAGAAUUGACUAG